AUGCAGUAUCCACCUUGGCCAGAACAAGCAACCUUCAGGGUAUCCUCUACCGAUUCACACAACUACAGCGAUGUGGGCAAUGCGUCUCAGGCGGUGUCCGCCCAUAGAGUGGAGCAUAUUUUGACUAGCAGGAAGUUGGCAAUUCCUAGGCUAGCAGAAGGCUUGGAAACAUUCUCAACCCCUGGUAGGUUUCAUCGUCGCCACGUGAGCCGGGCAUGCGAAUCCUGCAGACAGAGAAAGACAAAGUGCACAGGGGAUAAGUCCGGUUGUCGCAACUGCCGUGAGGCUGGCAUCAUCUGCUGCUACACAGAUGGUAAAAGGGAGAAAUCCAAGAGGCAAUUGGCUAGUCUGGAGGCCAAAAUACGGACUUACGAAGACGCUUUGAAGAACCUGAGCAACAGAUUUGGGCUUACGAAUGAGCAGCUGAUGAACCUGGCAUUGACAGUGGAGGAGUCCCCCAGUCCUGCCUUGUCCCCUGAUGGGCAAACACCCUUCCUCGGAACUCAAAGACCUCUUUCAACCUCCAACUCCCAGUUGCCACCAUUCGUUGACUCCAGCCACUGCGUUGAUUGUAUCAGUGAAGACUAUAAUAAGGACGAAGUUUCCCAGGCUACGGGCUACAUUGGCCAAAGCUCCGAAAUUGCAUGGAUACAUUCGUUAGGACGAGAUGUCAACGAUGGAACUGGAUAUGGGACUCCCAAAGAAUCUAUAUUACUGCAAAACUCUGAUGGUAGUCUUAUAUCCGCUUCGAAUUACCAUGUUGAUGAUCAAGAGCUGCCAAGUAUCGAGCGACAAGAGCCUUAUGCACUGCCGUCAAAGGAUAUAGCUUCAAAGCUCUAUAACUGCUAUCUGGACCGGGUGCAUCCUUCUUUUCCAAUCAUUGGGACCACACCAUUCGGAGCACAGUUCCGUGCAUUCUUCAACAAUGCCAAUUUACGCCCAGGAAACAAGUGGCUCGCAGUCUUGAACGUAGUCUUUGCAAUCGCUGCUAGGUAUGCUUAUAUCUCUGAAGCAGAAUGGCAAUUGAACAAGAAUAAUCACUGGCUGUAUUUCUCAAGAGCAACGGUCUUGAGUAUGGAUAAUGGAAGUUUUCACCAUCCUGACCUACAGCAAUUACAAGUGGAAGGGCUAACAGCUUUGUACAUGCUUUCUUUGGGGCAUAUCAACCGUGCUUGGAGAAUUUGUGGAGGUGCUGUUCGUGGAGCCCUUGGUCUUGGUUUGCAUCUGCGCAACAUGAGCAAGUCGGCUUCGGAUACUUCCAGGGAGAUCCGAUAUCGCGUAUGGUGGUCCCUUUACAUGCUUGAUCACCGACUUAGCAUGGUCACAGGACGGCCGUCUUUCAUAGAUGAUACUAUAUAUACAAUACCCCUGCCUGUUCCAGUUGACGAAGAGGAUUUCGAAAGGGAUGAAGUGAUAAACUGUCUCCGUCUGUCACACGGGACUGAAGGCAACGGUUUAACUUUUGAUCUGAAGGCCAAACACUCGAUAGCUACCCCAAAGGCUACAGGCGCAACUGCCAGUCCUCCUUGUGGAUCAUUGCACUUCCUCCAUGUCAUUCUGCUCACGCUGAUAUCAAAGAAAAUGACGACCAAGCUCUACAGUCCCGGAGCAGCGCGCACAUCUUGGAUAGGGAUAGAGUUUGCCAUACAAGGUCUCACCUCUGACAUCGAAUCUUGGCUUUUGAGUCUUCCUAAAGAUUAUGAUUUUACAUCGACACAGUCCUCACAGAUCACUCAUUCGAUAUCUACCCACCGGAUGAGCCUGGCAUUUUUAUUCUAUAGCACCAAAAUUGGCAUAACACGGCCAUGCCUUCGCCGCUAUCCUGCGGAGCAGGAAGGCAAGGUUUCAGACCUGAAAAUGCAGGAUUUCUGUCACAGAACAGCAGCUGAGUGCGUGGAAUCGGCUUGCCAUAUGCUGAGGCUAUUUCCCGAAGGACUAGAUGCUGCUGCACUGUACAGAAUGUCACCGUGGUGGUGUAUACUGCAUUUCCUUGUUCAAGCAACCACAGUCCUUUUGAUAGAGCUGUCUUUGGGUGUUUGUCACGUUCCAGAGAAAGCUUCGAUGGUUUCUAAGGCGACUGAAAGAGCCCUUCAAUGGCUUGCUAUACUAGCAAAGACCAACGCAGCCUCAGAGAAAGCUCGCUUACUAUGCCAAUGCCUACUACGCCGUAUCGAAAAAUAUGCAGGAGUGAAUCUACCUAUUCACCCUAUCCCAAGUGAUGUCGGCAUUUCUGUUCCGCCUGGACCUAGACCAACCGGACUUUCGUCUACUCCAGACUCGCGCCCCAGUGAAUUUGGAAGCGGUCCUUCACCAUUUUUAGGUUCUUCAAAUACUCUGGAAGCCCAUGUAAAGUGCCAACCUCCUCCAGAAAGUCCUGGUCUGAUGCAAACGGACAAGGAUACCAAUGCUCAGGAUACUUACGAUGAGGGCCUUCCUUAUGAUCCAAGCACAGGGCAGAUUAUAGGGUCUUUCUUCCCACCUAAUCUAAGUCUCGGCUUGGAAAUAAGUGAUUAUUUUUUGGAGGAGGUGUGA